UGCCGCGGUUGUGUCGCGCGUAGUAAAAACAUUUCUGUGGAAAGUUCGGCGAUCGUGUGAGAGAACGUGAGUGAAUCAUUGACCGCGGCGGUCGGGGUGGCAGCCGAGGAUGGAGCUGCACACGCCGAAGAGAGGAUCCCGUCUGGCGGCAGAGUCGUACGAGCGCAGUCCAUCGGUCUGCGACACCCAGUUCUACCCAUGGAACUGGGGCGAGGAGGCGCGGAACGUGAACCUCAGCCCGGGCAGCUCGUGCUCCUCGCCGGAGUACAGGGAGCAGCACGUUACCGGCUUGGACGCGAGUGGCGGCAGUGCCGGCGGCAAGUCGACCGCGGACAGCGGCUCCGAAAGCCACCGGCGCGGCCGGCCGCGCGCCGACGCACUCACGAAUCUCAUGAUGCAGGGCAGCACAUCGCCGAGCAGCAUCAAGUGUGUCUACUGCAACCGGGUGUUCCCGCGCGAGAAGAGUUUGCAGGCGCUCUUGCGCACUCACACGGGAGAACGCCCAUAUACAUGUGAUUAUCCUGGAUGCACAAAGGCUUUCACUCAAUCGGGACAAUUAAAGACUCAUCAACGAUUACAUACAGGAGAGAAGCCGUUUUUAUGCACUCAACCAGGCUGUGAAAUGAGAUUCACCCAUGCCAAUAGACAUUGUCCGGAACAUCCUUACGCAAACCUUACAAGAUCAGAUGACUUUGUAUUAAAGCCAGUGUCCGAGAACAUGGAAGUACCAAGCGAAGUAAGUCGAUGGUUCGAGCGUUACAAGAUGGAACGAGAGGAUCGAACACCGACUGGGAAGAGCGAACGGAAAAAGAAGUCGUGGAAGAACAGCGGCGAAAAUCAUAAGAGAAUAAAAUCCAGAAAGGGCCUUAUGAUGGAUAUGGCGGGCGAGCAAGAAAAUCUCGAUCGCAAGCCGCCACAGCGGUUACAUUGCGGAGAAAGUCAGGACAGUCAAGAGGAGAGUCAGGAUGAAGAUCCAGCAGAUACAUGCUGCGCGAUACUGCCAAUGUCCGAGGAUGAAGAAGCAUCGACUGCCAAGUUAGCGAUCACUUCACUAAGAAGGCAGGCUUUGGACAGACUACAACCAAAGAAGCGAUGGCUACGAUAUGCUUGCUUAGAACAACAACUAGAUCUAAAUGAUGAUAUCAAAUCUAACAAUGUAGCGACCUUAAGCAAAAUUGAUGAUAAACAGUGUUUGACUCUAUCGGAACCACUUCUCUCUUACUCAACACUCCUCGCAGAUUCCUAUACAGAUAAUACGUCUGCAACAAGUCUGAACAACAAAGUAGCAGAAUCGGAUACACAAAUGAAUCCUUCAUAUUUUUCUUCCCAAAUAUAUGGUAUCGUGGAUCAUGACAACGAAUCUCCAAAAGUAGCGAAAGAAACUGUAUAUGAUGUUGUGCACUCUCUGAAUCAACCACAGUGGGAUUCACCAAGUAAUCAAAAUAUUUUUGAAACUAGUAUUAAUGAAUCUGCUGUAAAAGUUCAAGGUCCUGAGGUUGUUGCACAUUUACAUUUUGACUUUGCAGAUCAAAUUGUUAUGAGAGAGACAACGAAUCAGGAUGUACUGACCAAUUCUCAUAUAAGCGAAAAUGAAACUAGACCGACGGUUCUGAUGUUGGCUGGUAGUUCAAAUAGCAACAGGGAUCUCAUCUCGAAACCACCUGCCGCAUUAGAUCCUGAGAGAAUUGAAACAAAGGUAGUUGUUAAGCCAGAAGACAAUAUAAGCAUAGCUAAGUUACCGCUACAGGAAGACAAUAAAAAAUGGCAGGGUGCUUUGGCGUUGAUGGAAUUGGCCAAGAUGCAAGAAGAGGAGAGAAUUUUAGUACGAUGUUUUCAGCAUGAUACGAAAGACAAUUGUUUUGCGGCUUCAGAAUCAUCAUUAUAGCCAUUUACAGACUGUGAUUACACGUAAUUGUAACUUUGUUAUUUUUAUACGCAAAAGAAAAACUAAUAAAAACUAUCCGCUCAUGUAACACAGUCUAUUUACCGGCAUAUGAAAGCAGUAAAAGCAGUCUUAUGUUAUGAAACACAUCUAUUUUUUUUUUUCUUUAUUUAAUUUAAUGCUGUUCAAAAUUUAGUUUUACGUAGAUACUGAUAUAUGUUGAUAUUCACGCCUUUCCUACUUUUCGCUUCAUAAUUCUUUUCAGUUGAUUUCAAAGAUGAAACUAAUAGCGUUUUCGAUUGCGAUGAAUUUAAUUCGGGCUAUCAUAAUGCAUUUCCUGCAUCUAAAGCAAAGUGGACAUGAAGAUAUAAGCACCGGAAGAACAGAAAAGCAAAUGCAGGAAUUGCACUGUGACGGCAUCAACUCGGAUCAAAAACUCAUUGCAA